GGCAGCGCCUAGUGCACGUGCGACGUUGAACGCUGUCAGUUAUGUGCACGGUCGUGCAAUUUUGCAACAUAUGGACUAUAUGUAGUUUCGAUUUCUUUUCAAUGUCAGAUUGCAUCGGACCGAGCUGUAAUCACUCUCGUAGGGGUACAUCACGUAGGGAUAGCAAGCCGAAUCACGUGAAAUGCCUGAAUUUUGGGCAAUCGAUCCUCGAGCUCGACGUCGCAGACCAACUUGGCUGCUUCGCGAUGUCGAAUGAUGUUCUCGUGAUCGACCAGAAAGUAGCUCGCAUACCGCGCACUGAGAAGAAAGACUACGUGCGCAAAUGGAUCGAGACUCAUGAGAACGGUCAGCCCGAUUUGAACGAUGAUUUGUCCCAAUUAUCUCCGGUUCUCGGAACCUCGACGACUGAAACUCGCGAGGGGUCGCCGGUACUCGGUAACAGUGGAAAACGACAUAGAAAAGGAACCUGUACAAGUAGGCACGCUGCAACGAGAAGCGUGGAUAAGACCGAAGAGCGUGGAAGCCAGGAACAGAAUGCACAGUACUCUGCAAACUGUAUGAUACAACGGGAUGAUGGAAGGGAAGGAGAAGACCGGAGCAAACAGGAAUACUUACAUAGGAUUCAGUGCACACCGCCUUCUGCAGAGAUGAUUGCUGAUGGAUCUCCUGUCCUUGGCACACGUUUGUAUUCUUAUAAGAAAAAACGGAGAAAAUUAUUGCAUGGAACAGAAGGCUGUGCUCUGUCAAAACGUUUGAAAUUAUAUAAUGAUAAAAUCACAAACAGACACACGGUGGAGUCUGAUAAUAAUUAUGACACUCUGAAUAAGAAGUCUGUAGAUCACAAUGAGUCAGAAGAAGAUUCAGAUAGUGAUGCUGAAGAAACUGUUUUCCAAAUUGAAACAGAGGAAAGUCCAGAAAGAUUACAGAUAUGUACAAAGAUGCUUUUAUCAUCAAUACCACAGAUAUUGAGCUCUGAGGAUGGCUCAAGUCAUAACAACAACAAGGCUAACCUAAGAAUAGAAAUAGAUACCAGUGAUGAAAGUAAUGAAGAAGAACAUAAUAAAUUUUCAAGUACAAAUAACAGUACCAACAAUAGUGUGAGUAAUAUUAUUGAAGAAGUCGAUACACAGGAUACGUUACCUGUCGUGGGAACAUCUCAGCUUAUCUCAUCCAAAUCUUUGUUCACCUCUGUGUCUCAAUCUAAGCCCUCGCAACUGACCGCCAAUGAUUUAAAUGCAACUUAUUGUUCCGAGGCAGAAAUAAUACAGGAUCAGAGUGUGCAUUUAUCUGCGAAGAUCUCUCUAGUACCAUCUUUGACUAGAGAAGCUACAGGGAGUAAGUCAACACAGACUCCCAUUAUUAGUACGAUAAGCACUCCCUCGAAAGUGUCCUCGGACAAAAUCAUGUAUGCGCGCCUAUUAGAUUCUGGAAAGAAACGCCCCAAGCCUAAGAAGGGAAGCAUGGUUGCAAAACUACAGUCUCUGAUCAACACGCAAAUAUCCAGCAUUCGUAUUUGGCGUCAUCGGAUGAAUAAGAAGCAUGAUGCUGUCUCAGCGCGAUUUAUUAGCGUAUUCGUGCGCGAUUGUUUCAAGCGGUUCGGUAAUCAAUUUCUAAAGGGUAUUCUAGUCGAGGAUCGUUUCAAUCUUUUACAAAACGACAUAGAAAUCGAGGAAACGGAGUCUUGUAAUCUUAAAACUCUAUCGAGGAAAGCCUCACGCAGAGAUUUGACUAUUAUGCUAGUCUGUGAUAUAGUCGGUACGUUGAAAAUGUUGUCGGAAGUUGUAAUAAAUGUUCAUCCACCCUGGGACAUUUUAGAUAAAGACAAUCUUACUUUAGAAGCAAUAUAUAUAAGCAUUAAUCACAAUCAUGAUAUAUCUGACUUGGAUCCUGGUAAGGACAAUUCGUGUACACAUGAUAAACGAAUUGUCAAAGAGUUUAACUGUCCCUGUAUAGAAGAAGAGAGAGAAUUACCGUUUUGUGCGAGAAGACCUAACGCUGAUAAACCUGAUGUGAUGCAACGAAUAUUUGAUUUCUUUUAUUUAGGGACAUAUAACUGUGAUAAUCUGAUUAUUCUACUCCAAGUGGAUUAUUGUUUAGCCAAGAUUCACACCCGUAGGCAUCACGAGAUAAUGUCAGUAGCUCAGGAUCGACCAGAAUUAUACGAAGAAGUAAAGCUCUACAAAAAUGCUCGUGAGAGAGAAAAGCAUGACAAUCAAGCAGAUUUGUAUGCUGUGGUAAAUACAUUGCAACAUUUGGAGAAAGCUUAUAUCAGAGAUUGUGUCACGCCAAAGGAAUACACAGCUGCAUGCAGCAAACUGUUAGUGCAAUAUAGAGCAGCAUUUAAGCAGGUACAGAGCGAUCAAUUUCCAACAAUUGAUUCCUUCACUAGAGCAUUCCGCUUGGACUGUCCAGCUGCUCUGGAGAGAAUCAAGGAAGACAGACCAAUCACAAUAAAGGAUGACAAAGGCAAUACUUCCAAAUGCAUCGCAGACAUUGUUUCCUUAUUUAUUACACUUAUGGAUAAGUUACGUCUGGAAAUUCGAGCCAUGGAUCAGUUGCAUCCAGAUCUAAGGGAUCUCAUGGAUACCAUGAAUCGCCUCAGCAUACUACCGAGCGAUUUUGAUGGUAAAGAAAAAGUUGCAGAAUGGCUCCAGAUCCUCGACAACAUGUCCGCCUCAGACGAAUUGUCCGACACUCAAGUUAGACAACUGAUAUUUGAUCUAGAAACAUCCUACAAUGCUUUCAACAAAAUUCUCCAUAACUCCUAAUCUUUUGUACCUAAUCUUUCUGCAUUAUCUAUAAUAUAGACCGCGAUAUAUAUAUGGGCUGUAAUAUUAUACGUUUGAACAGAAUAAUUCAACAGAUAAAUUCAACUCUUAUUA